AUGUGUACUAGGUCAAAGGUCGGUCGGUUCAAGUCGGCUUGCUCUACGUCAAUCUCCGUGCGUAUUUUGGUGAGCAGCAACACGCCAUCGUCUCGUCUCGGACCGAGUCAGAUAGAUGUUGUUACUUACACAUCCAAGACUUCAAUUCUCAAAAAGGAACCAUGCCAAGAAGAUACCGUUUUUUUUUUUGGCCCUGCAGAUCCUGUGAAACUUGAGCAGUCUUUGGCGCAUAGGGAGAGUCUGAAAGGAUCGAACUUGAGAUCAAUUUUCCUAGAGCACGACGGCUCCCAUUGGGCUGGGUGUCGAUUAACAUCGAACGAACGUGGCACUGGGUUCGGAAGCUCGCGUUGUGUCUCUACUCAGACAGAGUCAGUUGCCCUACCUGUCUGUCUGGUAUGCACAUCAGUCAGUUUGAUAUUGCUCCCGCACUACCUGCCGCAAGGUACUCUACUUAUGGAUACCUACAUGGUACUACGAUUGUUUGUCGUGCUACAAGGUCCCAAAGUACAGUCAUAA